AUGUACCAAUUAGCUCUAACUAUUAAAGAUUAUAAAGAAGAUAUUCAUCUUCUUGAGGAAGUAAAAAAAUCUAAACCAACAAAUACAAGUUGGGAAAUAUUAUGUAAUGAAAUUGUUGAAGAGUUAUUAAAGAAGAAAAUUAAUGAUAAAGAGAAAUCUAGUUCAUGGGAGAUUUAUAGAAGUAUCAUGAACCAAAUAGACCCAGUUGAAUGUCAAGAAUUAUGUAAAAAUAACAAAUUAAUGGACCUUAUUUCCCAAAUGCUUCAAUUAAAAAACAAAGAUAUUGUUGAUUCUAAAGAAAUAAUUACAUUAAAAGAACAAGGACAUUCAUUCUUGUUUUCAGAUAAAUUAGCAUUAUGGAAAGGAGAUAUUACAAAACUUAGUGUUGAUAGUAUUGUGAAUGCAGCUAAUAAUCAAUUACUUGGUUGUUUUGUUCCACAUCAUUUAUGUAUUGACAAUGCAAUUCAUACAUUUGCUGGUCCACAACUAAGAAGAGAUUGUUUUAUCAUCAUGGAAAAACAACAAUUUGAAGAACCAACUGGAUAUGCAAAAAUUACUAGAGCAUAUAAUUUACCAAGUAAAUAUAUAAUUCAUACAGUUGGACCAAUAGUUAAAUCAAAAUUGAAAGAAUCUCAUUGUAAUUUACUUCGAUCAUCUUAUAUUAAUUGUUUAAAUAUAGCUGAUGAUCUUCAUUUAGAAUCUAUUGCAUUUAGUUGUAUUUCAACAGGAAUAUUUGGAUUUCCACAAAAUAUAGCUUCAAUGAUUGCAAUUGAAACAAUAAUAAAUUGGUUGUAUGAGAAUCCAUUUACAAGUAUUAAAAAAGUAAUUUUUGAUGUAUUUUCAGAUAAUGAUUUACAAAUAUAUAAAAAGAGUUUAACAGAAUUUGAUAAAUCAUAUAAUGAAAAGGAUAUUAUGAUACCACCAAAAAUAAAUACUUCUAUUAUGGUUACACCUACUGAAAUUCAACAAAAUGAACUUAACCGUGUUAUUCAAUUUUUUAAAGAUGCUACUCAUAUUAUUAUUGGAGCAGGUGCAGGAUUAUCAGUUGAUGCAGGAUUAAGUUUUAUGGAUACUAAGUUAUUUAGUGAGAUGGGAUAUCCACUAUUUGAAUAUGGUAUUAAUUCAUUAUAUCAAACAAUGGGAUUUGAAGACUUUAAAACAGAGAAUCAAAAAUGGGGAUUUUAUGCAGUAAUGGCAGAUUACAUGAGAUAUAAAGAAGUAAGUGAACAUGAAUUUGAUACAUAUAAAAAAUUACUUGAUUUACUAAAGAAAUAUAAUAAGAAUUAUUUUGUUAAAACAACAAAUGUUGAUGGUCUUUUUGAAAGAUCAGGAUAUGAUAUGAACAAGUUUUUCAAUCCACAAGGUGAUUUUAAGUAUAUUCAAUGUUCAACACCAUGCACACAAGAUGUCUAUCUCUUUAAACCAUAUAUGGAUAAAAUAUUUGAAAACAUGAAUCCAUUAACAUUUGAAGUCCCAGAUUCUUGUAUUCCAAAAUGUCCUAAGUGUGGAAAAGAAAUGACACAAAAUUUAAGAUCAGAUGAAUUAUUUGUUGAAAAACCACAUAUGGUAAUGGCACCAGUAUUCACUAAAUAUGUUGAGGAUGGAAUUAAAAAUGGAAAAGUUUUGUUUAUAGAAUUUGGGGUUGGAGGGAAUACACCAAUUCAUAUUCGUAUUCCUUUUGAGAAUUGGACAAUACAAGGUAAAAAUACCAUGCUUGUUAGAAUUAAUCUUGAUAAGUCAUUUCUUCAGAGUAAAGUUACUCACACUAAAUAUUCUGCAUUCCAUACAACUGGAAAACAAUUUGUAGAAUGGUUAUGGAAAGCAAUGAAAUGA